UCCCACUCGAAAAUAUGACGCCUAUUUCCGUCCUCCUUCGCCUGGUCGCCUUUCCUGCCUGGGACGAUCCACGCCUGCUGUUUAGAAGUUUGGUAGUCAAGAAGGAGAGCAGAUGGAUGUGCAGUUUACGUGGUGUCAGCUUAAGAUCUCCAUUCCGGCAGAAUCAUUAAAACGUAGCGACCUCGCCCGACCGGCAUUUGUUUUCCAAAAUGGCGUCGAGGUGCUCCCAAAAUCCCUUCCAGAAAUGGACGCUGAGGUUAACCUUUUCGUCGCUGGCUCUUCUCUCCUUCGCCGGGAUUUUGCUCUACGAUCAGCCGCUGUUCAAAGCCACGGGCAUCACUUCCGUCACUCAUUCUUACUCUUACGCAGCCGAACAGCAUGAUGGCUUAACCUCCCUGCAACAAGAGAAUUCAAGCAACACCAAAGACGCAUCCAGUCAUUGCAACACUCAACUCUGCAACCACGAGUCUGCGGAACCUGCCAGUAUAGCAGGCAUUAACAACCAUAGCUACGAAGGCCGUUCCUCGAUUCUAAAGCAGGAUUUCGAAGGACGCCAAGGGAAUAGCUUAGAAAAUAUCGAAGGCGGAUCAUUAGAAAAAGCGCCGACACGCCCAGGAGGCCGCGCAGGGAGCCCCAGUCUUCUCCAUUCAUCUCCCACGGAAGACCGGAAAUUGGAAAAGAAAGAAGGCGAAGACAAAGUCGCUGGCGAUCGUCCACGCGCCGGAACGCAGCAGCAAGGGACUUCCAAUCUGCUGGUGUUAUUCUGGACGCCAUUUUGGGAUCGUCGCGACCUGUGGGCGACGGCGAUAAAGCAUCAUGGUCGACUGAGGGAGUCGGGGUGCCCCACCUAUAG